AUGUGGCAAAAACUCGCCUUGAGCCACUCGGAUGCUGCUUCUACUGGCAAUAAUACUGCUGGUGCUUCUACUGGCAAUAAUACUACUGGUACUUUUACUAGCAAUAAUACUACUGGUGAUUCUACUGACAAUAAUACUACUGGUGUUUGUACUGUCAAUAAUACUACUCGUGCUUCUACUUGCAAUAAUACUACUGGUACGUCUACUGGCAAUAAUACUAGUGCUGCUUCUACUGGCAAUAAUACUACUGGUACUUCUACUGGCAAUAAUACUACUGGUACUUCUACUGGCAAUAAUACUACUGGUACUUUUACUAGCAAUAAUACUACUGGUGAUUCUACUGACAAUAAUACUAGUGCUGCUUCUACUAGCAAUAAUACUACUGGUGAUUCUACUGACAAUAAUACUAGUGCUGCUUCUACUGGCAAUAAUACUACUGGUACUUUUACUAGCAAUAAUACUACUGGCGAUUCUACUGACAAUAAUACUACUGGUGUUUGUACUGUCAAUAAUACUACUCGUGCUUCUACU